AUGCGUGAUAUUGGAGAACAACUCGCACAAUAUCAAUAUUCAUCACCGGUUCAUCUUUAUCGUGGUCAAUUGAUGUCAAACGAAGAAUUGAAAACAUUAAAAGACUCAAUUGGACAACUCAUUUCUAUGAACUCAUUUCUUUCGACUAGUACCAAUCGUCAACUAGCCAUUUCUUUUCUUCAAUCAUCGACAACUUCAGAUGAUUUGCAACAAGUCCUGUUCGAAAUUGAUGCUGAUCCUCAACUAAAGGGUAUCAAACCAUUUGCUAAUAUCACGUCAUUGAGUUAUUUUCCCGGUGAAGAUGAAGUAUUAAUGAUGUUAGGAUCGAUCUUUCGACUUAUGGAUAUUCAUCGUGGUGACGGUCAAGUAUGGAUUAUUCAAUUGACUUUGUGCAGCGAAAAUGAUCAUGAUUUGAAGCCGAUAUUUGAUCAUAUGCAAGCACGUCUUGAAGCUGGAAAAACAAGUCUUUAUUCAUUCGGUCAAGUACUUCGAGAUAUGGGCAAAUUCGAUGAAGCCAUGAAGUACAUUCAGCGUUUUCUUAAUGAAUUACCUCGUAAUCAUCAAGAUAUUGCACUUUGUUAUCAUGCACUUGGCGUCAUUGCUGAUGAGAAAGGUGAUUACGAUUUGAGUCUUGAGUGGCAUCAUAAAUCAUUGGAUAGGUGGACACGAACACUAAAACCAAUGGAUCCUCGUCUAGGAGAUGCGUAUAAUUGUCUCGCUGUUGUAUAUCGAAAAAAAGGUGAUUAUGUCCGAGCACUAGACUUAUACCAGAAGGCUUUGGAAAUUCUUCGACGAGCAUUUAGUGAUGAUCAUUUAAAGAUCGCCAUGUGUUUGAAUAAUAUAGGUGUUGUCUAUUAUGAACAAAAGCAAUAUUCACAAGCACUCGAUUAUUAUCAAAAAGCCUUAGUCAUAUGGCAAAAACAUCUUCCUGCGAAUCAUUCUCAUUUGGGUGCAGUAUAUAACAAUAUUGGAGAAGUGCAUCGAUACCUUGGUCAAUAUGAUCAUGCAUUAAAAGUUCACAAUCUAUCAUUGAAGAUCUAUCAAAAGUCUCUUUCUCCUCAACAUCCUGACCUUGCAACAACAUACGAAAAUAUGGGUCUAGUUUACGAACAAAAAGGCGACAUGCAACAAGCACUUUCAUAUUUAGAAAAAGCCGCAGCCAUCUUUCGUCACGCAUUACCUCCAACUAAUCCUGAUGUCAUUCGAAUUACACAAAACAUAGAGCGUGUCUUGUCAAAACAAAAAUAG